CUACCAAAUACAGAUGAAUACCUAGUACCAAGUACAAAAAUAGGAUCAGGAGUUGUCUAUUAUGUGAAUAGUAUUAUUGGAACAUGCGAUUGUUUUAUUGGAUUGACAGGUGCACUGUGUAAGCACCAAGGUGCUGUAGCUAUGAAAUAUCAUAUUAGAAUUAUCAACUUUUUACUGUCAUUAAUACCCAAUGAUCAUAUGACCUUUUUAUAUAUUGCAAGUGAACUUAAUAUGAAAGACCAUUUGUUUUAUGCAUCAUUACGCACUAAACCGGCUUUAAUCAAUCAGCAUAAUACUUUAAAUGUCAAUAAAAAUGAUGAUUCAAGUGCUAUAACAAUAGCAAAUAACGAGAUUAAUACAAAUAAUGAAUCCAG